UGUUUAAAUUAUUUUAGCACAUUUUUUUGUGAAUUCUCUUCGAUUCCAACGAACCUCAAGGAAAUUGAUAGUGAAAAAAUUUAUGAAGCAAUCGUUUUAUUUAUUUGGCAGUGUGAUCCAUCAGUGAGAAUUGGUUAUCAAACCUUGUUAUAUGGUCAAUCGAAUGAGUUACGCAAUAUAUUUAUUGGUCUUAUCGAAAAACUGCCGAAAGAUUCUUCAUCAACUACAACUAAUAGUGGCUUAUUGAAAUUCAAGUCUUAUAAUCAUAUUAUGAAUGGUAUUAAUUUUAGGCCGAAACCAAAACCAUUAGUAAAGGCAGUCGAUAAAACAAAACUUCAGAACAUCGAACUUAAUAACGAAUCUGUUUAUGUAGAGAAAGAUGAAAUUUUGGAAAAUGAUGAAAUUUCAAAUGGCGAUGCGGGUCAAGCUCUAUAUUCUGCUAUACUUAUGGAACAAAUUAAAAUUCACCAGUCGUUGUUAGAGCGUAAAAGUGCACUUUUUAAAGAGGUUUAA